GCUGCGGGGACGGCGGGGCGGCGCGCUCGGGCCGCGGGCGGCGGCGCCAUGUGGAGCGGCCGCAGCUCCUUCACCAGCCUGGUGGUGGGCGUGUUCGUGGUGUACGUAGUGCACACCUGCUGGGUCAUGUACGGCAUCGUCUACACCCGCCCGUGCGCCGGCGACGCCAACUGCAUCCAGCCCUACCUGGCGCGGCGGCCCAAGCUGCAGCUGAGUGUUUACACCACCACAAGGUCCAGCCUUGGUGCAGAAAACAAUGUGGACCUGGUCUUGAAUGUGGAAGACUUUGAUGUGGAGUCCAAGUUUGAAAGGACAGUUAAUGUUUCUGUACCAAAGAAAACAAGAAAUAAUGGGACACUGUAUGCCUAUAUUUUCCUGCAUCACGCUGGGAUUCUGCCUUGGCAUGACGGGAAGCAGGUCCACCUGAUCAGUCCUCUGACUACAUACAUGAUCCCCAAGCCAGAAGAAGUCAACCUGCUCACUGGGGAGUCAGCUGCACAGCAACAGAUCGAAUCCGAGAGGAAGCCAUCAAGUGCCCUGGACGAACCUGUCUCUCACUGGAGACCCAGGCUAACGCUGAACGUGAUGGUGGAUGACUUUGUCUUUGACGGCUCCUCCCUGCCUGCUGAUGUGCACCGGUACAUGAAGAUGGUCCAGCUGGGAAAGACCGUGCACUACCUCCCCAUCCUGUUCAUCGACCAGCUGAGCAACCGGGUGAAGGAUCUGAUGGUCAUAAACCGCUCCACCACGGAGCUGCCACUCACUGUGUCCUAUGACAAGAUCUCUCUGGGGCGGCUACGCUUCUGGAUCCACAUGCAAGAUGCCGUCUAUUCCCUGCAACAGUUCGGGUUUUCAGAGAAGGAUGCUGAUGAGGUGAAGGGGAUUUUUGUAGACACCAACUUGUAUUUUUUGGCCUUGACCUUCUUUGUUGCUGCAUUUCAUCUGCUCUUUGAUUUCCUGGCAUUUAAAAAUGACAUCAGUUUCUGGAAGAAAAAGAAGAGCAUGAUUGGAAUGUCCACCAAAGCAGUACUGUGGCGCUGCUUCAGCACCGUGGUCAUCUUCCUGUUCCUGCUGGAYGAGCAGACAAGCCUGCUGGUGCUGGUCCCAGCAGGCCUUGGGGCCGCCAUCGAGCUUUGGAAAGUGAAAAAGGCCUUGAAGAUGACGGUGGCCUGGAAAGGCUUAAGGCCUGAGUUCCAGUUUGGCACCUAUAGUGACUCUGAGAGGAAGACCGAAGAAUAUGAUACGCAGGCCAUGAAGUACCUAUCAUACCUGCUCUACCCCCUCUGCAUUGGGGGCGCCGUCUACUCACUCCUGAACAUCAAGUACAAAAGUUGGUAUUCUUGGCUAAUCAACAGCUUCGUGAAUGGCGUCUACGCUUUCGGCUUCCUCUUCAUGCUGCCCCAGCUCUUUGUGAACUACAAGAUGAAGUCUGUGGCGCAUCUUCCCUGGAAGGCCUUCACCUACAAGGCUUUCAACACCUUCAUCGAUGACGUCUUUGCCUUCAUCAUCACCAUGCCCACGUCCCACCGGCUGGCCUGCUUCAGGGACGACGUGGUGUUCCUGGUGUACCUCUACCAGCGGUGGCUUUAUCCUGUGGAUAAGAGCAGAAUGAACGAGUUCGGAGAGUCCUAUGAGGAGCAGCCCCAGCGGAAACCCCACGCAGACUGAGCCCCGGCCUGGGCCCUGAGGCUGCCACACGAGACAGGACGUGGCCACCAGUGGGUGUCCUGGAAGCUGGGACUUUCUAGAUAUGCCUUCUGCAUUGCCAAAUCCCUCUGAACGUCUCCAGCAUCUUCUAAGCUCCACUUCCAUCUGGAAGGGGCCAGAAGCACUAACUGUGUCCCCCCCACAAGAACAGGUGCCACACAUGGUCGCAGCAGCCAGCACUGGUGGCCACAUGCAGCCGUCGGCACAGGAGAGUCCCCAGGCAGGGAGGGUAGCGAUCCCGUCCCAGUUGUUUCUAAGUGCUCCUGUGUGAAUUCACCUGCAUCUGGGGACUCAACUCCUCUGGACUCUGGACCAAACGGCUCCUUUUUCCCUUUUGUUUAAAAUUUGGUUGUUUGAAGCUUAAUGUAUGUAUGUUUCUAUUUUAAAAUAAAUUUCUCUGGCUG